UCCGGGUUUAGAAACGGUUGAUAUUCUUCCGAGAUCUUGGGAAGAACUUCCUCCUUGCAGUCACAGCGGCAUAUGUAACCACCUAACGUGGUAUUUCACGGCAUCUCAAGUCCAUUUUAUGUUUACACCCAGCCUUAAAAUGCUACUUGCCGCUUUACCGAGUAGGGUCAAGCUCAUUUCAGGACGUUCGUUGGCGUUUACCGCCGCUCGGUUGUAUUCUGCUGGCCCUGCAGCCGCCAACCCGGUCGUCUACUUUGACAUUGCUGCUGACAACCAGCCCGUCGGAAGAGUAACAUUCGAGCUGAAUGCAGAUGUUGUUCCCAAAACAGCAGAGAACUUCAGAGCACUGUGCACCGGAGAACAUGGUUUUGGCUACAAGGGAUCCAUCUUCCACAGGAUCAUUCCUCAGUUCAUGUGCCAGGGGGGAGACUUCACUAAUCACAAUGGAACCGGAGGGAAAUCAAUCUACGGACCCAAAUUCAAAGACGAGAACUUCGAUCUGAAGCACACAGGACCUGGCAUUUUGUCAAUGGCCAACGCUGGGCCCAACACCAACGGAUCUCAGUUCUUCAUCUGCACCGACAAGACCGAGUGGCUGGAUGGGAAACAUGUUGUGUUUGGCAUCGUGACCCAGGGACUGGAUGUGAUCAGGAAAGUGGAGAUGUUCGGAUCUCGUUCGGGGCGAACCUCCAAGAGUAUCACCAUCGCAGACUGCGGAGAGCUUCAGUAGUCUGGGAGUCCCAAAUUGUACCCUAUAUAGUGCACGACAUUGGGAAAUGGGACACGCCCAUGAAGCGAACAUGAUGGUUUCUAAUAGCCUGGUGGGAUUUUUUUUAUAUAUAUAUAUAAUUUGUAUUAUAUAUAAUUUGUAUUAUUGUUUGACAUAAAAGAUUAAAAACACGAGGAAAUGAGUUCAAAGUGAUAUUUAAUUGUAUAAAUCUGUUUCCAGGUAUUCCCAUGCAUACAAUAGAGAUGUGAUUGUAAACAAGUUUUGGAACAAUUAGCUGUAGAUCUUUCUCUUUUAAACACAGUGACAAAAGUGGGUUUUAUUUAUUUUUUCAGGAUAUUGUGUCAAACACCGUUUGGGGGAAAGUUUGACUUAUUCUGUGAUUUUAUCUUUUUUGAUAAAUGAUUUCUACCACGUACCUACUGGCCCUGUGUUAAAUCAUCCAAUGUUUCCAAGAAACAAGUUGUCUGUUGCGUACGCGUCAGUCAAAAUGUUUUGCGUUGGGGACCGGCUGUAACAUCAGAGAUUUAAUGUUUUAAUUUCCUCUUUAUGGAGAAACAGCUUUGGCUCUGAAUGUGCUUUUCUAUGUUGUAUUUUCUCUCUGGCUUCCAUUCCAACACAGAUCUUGUUAAGUUAGGAGGAACCAUUUUGGGUUUCACUAAUACAAGUAGGAUGAGAAGAUUUAGUUUCUUAUCGGGGUAUGUCUGAAUGGAGUGAUCUUUUGUUACUUUUGGAGUGGAAAUGUCUGAAUGGAAAGACUCUAACAUUAUGUGGUCAUUGUUGACGUACACAACUUUUAGAACAGAAGCUAGGUUACUAUGGUGACAGAUUUCAUGUGAAUAUUCAAAAAUUUGUCCCAAUUUUUAUGAAAAUUAUAAAUUUUACUGUUACAUUUUA